AUGACCUACUGCCGCGGCCGCGACCUGUUCCUGGCGGUGGACCAGGAGCCCAGCGACUGCGCCUGCCUCGGCGUCAUGCUCCGGACGUGCCAGGCCCUGCGGCAGGUGCACCAAGCCGGCCUCGUCCACUGCGACCUCAAGCCGGACAACGUCCUGCUGGAGGUGGACGCGGACGGCGAGCCGCAGGAGGUCCACGUCGUCGACCUGGGCCUGGCGUGCCGCGUCGGCCACUCGUACCCGCGCGCGGCCCCCGUCACCGGCAAGCCCUACUUCUGCGCCUGCUUCUUCGACGGCUCGCCCGUCCAGGCCCGCUGCGACGUGGUCGGCUUGGCCGUCACCCUCGCCUUCUUCAGGAACGCCAUGUCCUGCGAGCACGGGGAGCUGGACGCGCUCCUGCAGAGGGCCUCCGACGCGCAGCACGAGAGGCGGCCGUCUCUGGAGGAGCUCAUUGCCCUCCUGCAGAGGCUCCUUCUGAAGGCCGGCGCUCAGCUCCCCUCCUGCUGUGAGGCGGCCGAAGCGCAGCAGCCCGCCGGGAGCAGCUUCAGUCCAGGUCGCUUCUGA